AUGAUGGCAGAGACUGGCACGAUCCCAUUCACAUACAACCAGGAAACGUACCAGACCUGGUACAAAGUGGUCGGCGACAUCUCCUCCGAUAUACGGCCUGUCAUCGCACUCCAUGGCGGCCCCGGCUUCUCUCACCAUUACAUGCUCCCUCACGCCGAGCUCGCGAAAUCCCGUGGCAUUCCCGUCAUCUUCUACGACCAGAUCGGCAACGGCGAGUCGUCUCACCCCGCCAACAAGCCGAAGGAGUUCUGGUCGCUGGACCUCUUCAUGGACGAGCUCGACAACCUCCUCGCCCACUUCCGCAUCAACGACAACUUCGACCUCGUCGGCCACUCCUGGGGCGCCAUGCUCGCCCUGCACUACGCCUCGCACCGUCAGCCACAGGGAUUAAAGCACCUCGUUAUUGUCAGCGGCACCCCCGCAACGGAGCUCUGGGUUGAGGGGACGACCAGACUGCGCAAGCAGCUGCCGCCCGACGUGCUCGACGUGCUCGAGCGCCACGAGGCUGCAGGGACGACGGACAGCAAGGAGUACCAGGACGCGCUCAUGGUCUUCUACAAGAAGCACGUCUGCACCCUCGAUCCGUGGCCCAAGCAGCUGCUCCAGUCGUUUGACGUGAUGGGCAAGGAUCCCACCGUGUACACGACCAUGUGGGGCUCGUCCGAGAUGUCCGCCGACGGAACGCUGCGCACCUGGACCUGUGUCGAUCAGCUGCACACCAUCCACUGCCCGACGCUGCUCACCAACGGGCGCAUGGACGAAGCGCACGACGUGAAUGUCAUGCCCAUGUUCAACAAGUUGCCGCGCGUCAAGUGGGUCCAGUUCGCCAACAGCAGCCACCUCGCCUUCUUCGAGGAGCCUGAGCGAUACAUUGCCGUCGUAUCCGACUUUUUGCUGAACGCUUAG